UGUUUAUAGAGGACGCUGUACAGGAAACGAGUUUACGCAUGUCAAAAUAUUUCAGAAGCGAUGAACAUGAGAAUGAUCCUGAAGUAACAUUUAAGAAUAUUUAGCUAUCAUCAAAAUGUCUUACAGGGAUUUAAGAAAUUUCACAGAGAUGAUGCGGGCCCUUGGCUAUCAUCGUCUCAUCUCAAUGGAAAAUUUUCGCAAUCCCAACUUUCCACUUGUAGCAGAAGUCCUCACAUGGCUAGUGAAAAGGUUUGAUCCCAAUGCUGAUGUGCACCCAGAUAUCGACACAGAACAGGACAGAGUCAUAUUCAUUAAGUUAGCAGCAGAGUUUAUGGCAACCAAGGCCCACAUCAAGCUGAACACGAAGAAACUGUAUGGUGCUGACGGCUAUGCUGUAAAGGAACUCCUCAAAGCAACCUCGGUCCUGUACAAUGCCACGAAGACUAACGUGGCACAGUCCUUGGAGAAUCCAGAUGAGGAUUCUUCCCACAUUUCAUUUGAUGUCUCAUCCAAGAUAAGUGACCUGAAGGAAGCACGCCGACUGGCAUCAGAGAUCACAUCGAAGGGUGCUAGCCUGUACGACCUUCUGGGGAAGGAGGUCGACCUGAGGGAAAUGCGUGUGAUGGUGGUUGGUCGGACGCUAGAGAUAAAUGAAGUGGAGGGCGGACUACAAGCCUCUAUCAGGGCUGUUGAGAAUGAAAUAAAGAAGACUCUGAACAUGCUGGACAACGUGGCGUCCGACGAGGCCAACCUGGAGGCAAAGAUUGAGAAGAAGAAGACGGAGCUGGACCGGAACCAGAAGAGGCUGCAGACUCUACAGAGUGUCAGGCCAGCCUACAUGGAUGAGUACGAGAAGCUGGAGGAAGAUCUGCAGAAGUUGUAUGAUGCCUACCUCAUCAAGUUCCGCAACCUCACCUACCUAGAGCAGCAGCAGGAGGAGUACCACCGUGUCGAGGCCGAUAAAAUCGAGGAGACGGAGGCGGUGUUGAAGGUGAUGGCGGAGAAGAUCCGCACCGAAGAGAGGAAACAGCAGCAGAUAACCCCUGAAGAUGAACAGGACGACGACAUGUUCGGCCCAGAUGAUGAUGAUGAUAAUGAAUCCGAGGAUGAUCAUGUUGAGAAGAAACAGAGGCCAGUCCACCAUCGCACACGACCAGAAGCUGCUACAGGGGCCAGGACAAUAGGGAACCAGAUGGUGCGGGGAGGCAUGAACCCAGACAUCAGUGAGGAAAGUGGGUCAGAAGGGUCAGGAGACUCUGAGAUCGACCUGGACGAUGACGACGAUGAUGAUGAUGAAGAGGAUGACAGCGGUGAGGAGGUGGAGAUGGGGCCAGGGCCGCCGAGGAGGCGGGCCCAACAACCACAGCCAGGACUUGAUGAUAGUGACAAUGACUUCUAAUCUCUGUACCCUACAAGACAUGAAGCAUGUCUCUCCACAUUCCACAUGGCCUGACUACCUUUGUGCAGUGACAGCGGAAUCUCAAGCUUGUAGUCAUUUUCAGAAAAGAAACUGAUAUUUUGCAGCAAAUAUUUGACAUAUCAAUACUUUCCUAAUACUUGACUUUAUAACCUUUGUUCACAUGGACCCAGAUGUCUUAGAAGUCAGAAACCAUUGUGUCUCGAAAGCCUUUCCCACAUUCUCCUUAUGUAGCCGUACAAUGACAUGGUUAUCUGGUAGUUUUAAACAAGUACAUUGUGAAGGGGUGGCCUGGUGGUUAAACCAGUCUCUCAUCAUGCUGAAGGCCCAGGUUCGAUUCCCCACAUGCAUACAAUGUGUGAAGCUCAUUUCUGGUGUUCCCUGCCGUGAUAUUGCUGGAAUAUUGCUAAAAGCAGCAUAAAACUAUACUCACUCGUUGUGAAGGGACAUGUCAUAGCCACAGUGUUAACAUCUAUAUGGUGGGACAUUGGUUAACCCAGGGUUAGAAAUUGGCACUAGUCCUAUAGUCCUUGCCAAACUGUCCAAUGGUAAAGGUAUCAUAAGGACUAGUAGAAAAUUGCCAUUUUUAAGGGUUUUGCUAUAUGUUAUCAUUAUAAGGACUAGUGGACGAAAACUGUUAGUUUCUAACGCUGGGACUCAACUUAACCUCUAAGUUUAAACUGAGAACUUGAACACCGUACUGUUUAUCAAGUAAGAUACCGGACCCUAUUUUCAAACAUUUGUUACAACCAACAUACAUGUGAUCACAGCAGUCAGUUUUUCACCUUGCACAAAAUAGUUUCUUAUGCUCUGUGAUGAUGACUCUCUUGUAAAACUGGUUCACUCCCGAGAUGUCAGCAGAAAUUGUCUGGAAAUUGAUGCAUCAUGUUAUACUGAUAUAAACUCCGUCCAAAUGAAUCUCUGUUGUGUGCCUUUUGAUUCUCAGAGAGACUUGCAAACUUUACUUACAUGUUGAUCAUAUUUGUACUAAAGUGACCCUGUGUCAUUAUUGCCGUAAGGUCAAUAGUAUUGGUUACAGCGAAACCAGUGUGUCAUGUGUUCAACACCUAUUGGUGUAGUUCAGAAUCAUCCUUGAUUGAAGCUUUCUUCGGGAAUCUCAAAUGAUUUAUUUGUCUCACAAUGUGUAUCAUCAUAUUUGUGUAUGGUUCAUUAUGGAAAACCCGCCCACAUGUUCCACACCUACCCAUGGACAGCUACUGCCGCUAACUUUGGAUAGCUUCGUAGAAAGUUGUACCAGCUGUUUUGACCAAUCACAGGUCUCUGUACAGUAGAUUCAGAGAAAGUUGAACCAGCUGUUUUGACCAAUCACAGGUCUCUGUACAGUAGAUUCAGAGAAAGUUGAACCAGCUGUUUUGACCAAUCACAGGUCUCAUUUCAGUAGAUUCAGAGAAAGUAGUACCAACUGUUUUGACCAAUCACAGGUCUCAUUACAGUAGAUUCUGAGAAAGUAGAACCAGCUGUUUUGACUAAUCACAGGUCUCUGUACAUUAGCCAACAGCUCACUUAUUCUUCUUAUUCCUCCUGAAGGGAUUUAAGAAACAGUAAGAACUUUCACUUUUCUGGGAAUGUGGUUUGAGAGUUUUAAUUGUGAUUGUUAAUAAACAAAUGGGAAGGACAGAUGUUUAACUGGUACUGAGACAGCAGUAGUCACUGAGUACUGAGUUAAACCAUAAUGGUUUAGUUUUAUGGUUUGAAAAGAAGAGUUUUGACUCAAAGAUUAUAUUUAGAACCAAGUUCUAUUUGAGUGACCAUAGUUUCCCCAUAACUGACUCAGAGAAGAUGUGGAACAUGUAGACAAGGUUUUUCCAUAUGUUAUAAAAGUAUGAUUGUUUUAUAUCUGAAUCAUUGUUGAUCAUGACUUGCAGAAGCAAUAACAUGCAAAUCUAACAGUAAGGAUGAAACUGUUGUUAACCAUUACUUCAUGGUCACUGUUGUUGAAAUAGAGGAGCGUAUUGUCACAGAAUUCAUGGUCACAGUCACAGAAAGUGCUGAUUCAGCAAUAUUUGUAAAUAUAUCUGUGAUAUUAAAUACCCUGAAAAGUU